AUGGGAUGGGAUAAGAGAGGCAAUGGCCGUUCUUACAACAGCCACAGUGGUCGCCGAUCGAUGAUAGGCCUUCACUCAAACAAGAUUCUUGGCUAUGAUGUUGUCAGUAAUUAUUGCCGAAAGUGUGCUCUUGGUGCCAAGGAAGGUGAUCACAAGUGUGCCAGAAAUUAUGAAGGUAGUGCCAAGGGCAUGGAGCCGCAUUCUGCUGUAAAGCUGAUAGCACACAACCCAGACCUGAAAGAAGCUGGGGUUGUGGUUGGCCAGUUCAUCGAAGACAGAGACUCCUCCACCAUAGCAGCGCUUCUCAGAGAGUGUUCUACACCCAUUGAGAAAGUGGUCGACUUGAACCAUAACAUGUCUGGUUUCAACAAUGCUCUCUACAAGUUGAAGACAACACAUAAGUGGCUACAAACUUCUCACAUUGCCCAUCUGAAGAGACAACUUGGAUAUGCCAUAAAACAGAACAAAGGCGAUGUCGAAGGCGUUCGUGCUGCCAUCAUGAACAUUGAGAAUCACAGCUUCGGAGAGCAUGAAGAAUGCAGUGACUGGUGCAAAGCCAAAGAAGACCCUGACAACUAUGUUUACAAGGGUCUUCCGAGGCAGAAGAAAUUCAGUGAGACUGAUCAACCUGGAUGGCGUGCUGCUCUUCAUGUUCUUCUGUCUGGACAAGCAGCGAUGGCCCACACACUGGCUCCUUGUGGUUCAACUCAACAAAAUGAGAGUUUUAAUCACAUGUGUGUUACUCGUGCUCCCAAAUCAAGACACUAUUGUGGCACGGAAGCAAACUUUUUCCGUGUCUCAGCAGCUGUGUGUGAGAAGAACUUGGGAUCGACGUACGCUGAGGCUGUCUUCCAGAAAGCAACAUUGUCGCCCUCUGUAUUCAGAACUAGAGAGAAACUUCAACACCGUAAAAUGGUCAAAGCUCUUUCCCAAGCCAGGCCUGACAUCAAGGCAAGACGUCUCCAUAACAAAAUGAAGAAUAGUUGGAAAGCAACAAACAAUAAUGAAGGCCUGACAUACGAGAGUGGCAUGGGCAAUGUUAUGGAACGUGCUUCUGCAGCGGUUUCUGUCGGCAGUGCCUGGUUGCCUGAUGCUCUCCAACCGACUGAAAGUUGUGUCCCAGUCAUCAUCGAUUUGGAAACAACUGGUUUUCAAGCUGCUGAUGAAAUUGUUCAAAUUGCCGUCAAGUGUGGAAGCAUGGAGAAGUCCUGGUAUAUGAUCCCCAAAAAGAACUUUCAUGUGAAAGCAGCAGAGGUGACUGGUCUCAAAAUGACAGCCGGGAAGCUUUAUCACCAUGGCGUCUGUGUUUCCACAACUCCUCCGAAAGAAAUUGUGAACCAGCUGUUACAUUUUCUGCAGCAGUGUGGCGACUCUGUCUUCUUGGUUGGGCACAAUAUCAUCCGCUUUGAUGCCCCAAGAUUAAUAAAGUUUCUCAAAGAGCACGGUGAAGUAAAAGCUUUUGCUGAGUGUGUUGCCGGGUUUUCUGAUACAAUGCCUCUCUUGAAGCAAGGCAAAGUGUGCAAGCAGUCAGCAUUAGCGGAAACCUACCUCACUGGUCCAUACUGGGAGGAGUUGCAUAAGUCAGCUCACAAUGCUGUUACUGACUGCUCCGUGCUCGAUAGACUUCUGAAUCAGUCAUCCAUCAAAGUAUCUCCAACCCGUGUCCGAGAAAAUAUGGUGACCUUCAGAGACUUCUUGAAGCGUCAAGCUGAACUCAAAAGGAGAAAAGCUAUUAUGCCUUCUCUUGAGGCUCUUUUUUCUGUCGGAGUCAGCAAGGCUAUGGUUGGAAAAAUGGCUGCAGCAGGUGUCACCAUAGAAGAGCUGAAGAGGGAGUACGACGCCAACAAAGUGCAGGGGCUAACUGUCUGCCUUGGAGUCCAAGUAGACGGCAAACCUCGCGUCACAACACAGAAAAAGACAAUAGAAAAACUGGAGCUCUUCUUCAGUGGUGCAGCUUCAAAACAGUGACUGAAUACCAUAUUGACAACAUCUCAAUGAAGAUAUUUUCACUUGACAUACCAACACUAUGUUGGUGAAUGAUACUUACCAAAGCUGCGCUACAAUCCAGCUCCAAUUAUUAUUACAAAUUGUUUCCUAGUCAAUUACGGUGCCUAUUCCAUGACCCUACAUAACUUCACCAGACACUAAUCGUUACUUGAUUUUAAUCCGUGCGAUUAGUUAACCGGGCUAGACCUGAGUUCUCACAAGAAAUACCGACCACAAUAAUAAGCUAUGUUGGACCCGACAUAAUUUCACCAGACGAGCGACAUACAGACAGACACUAAUCGUUACUUGAUUUUAAUCCGUGCGAUUAGUUAACCAGGCUGGACCCCUGAACCUGAGUUCUCACAAGAAACAACGACCAUAAUAAUAAUAAUAAUAAACGUCAUUAUAGGCAGAUCAAUGAGACAGGCUGGUCUUGCGGUCAAUUUGGAACCUUCAAAUAUGAUACACAAUGACAGAAGUCGUCCAGAUGGAAGAACAUUGCAACCAUGAACGCAAGGAAAACAUGUAACUUGGGAUGUUACCAUAAGAGAUACUUUCACGCAUGGAUAUCGACGACUAGCACUAUCGGGAGUUGGAGCGAUAAUACGCAAAGCAGGGUCAGAUAAGAAAACCAAAUAUCACACACUUUUAGAAAACAAACAUUUCUUCACUAUUGGAUUGGAGUCAAGUGGUGUGUGCAGUGUUGGGACAGGAAGCACUGACCUUCACCAAACAAUUAGGACAAAUAAUAAAAGAGACCAUUUGAGACCCAAGAUCUACCACCUUCUUACGCCAGAAGAUCGCUCUCGAAGUGCAAAGAGGGAAUGCAGAAAUCAACUUCUUGUUACUUUUACCUGCAUUUAAAAGCUUCGGAAAUGAUAUACUAGACCUGAUGGAAAAGUCACCAGAUUUGAACGCGAAAUGUAUAGCGCGCCGGUGGCAAAUAUCUUCCUUAUUUCAUCAUGAACCUGUACUUUUCCGUGCAUAUUUAGAUUCGUC